AUGUUGAAGAAAUUCGUUGCAAUUUUUUUGGCUUUCGCCAGCAUUGAUCUGGGUUUAUCCUUCGACAAAUACUCUACUGAAAUAUUAAAUGGAAAUCCACAUAACUUAGCCAUUAAUUCGAGCCCCUUUAUAAAGAUCCAUGAGGGAUACUAUUACUUUGGACAAGAUUCGGUGAAUUGGUAUGUUGCCUACGAGAACUGCCGCAAGUUGGGAUCAGAACUGGUGGCCUUCGAAUCUAACCAAGAGUUUGAUGCCGUUAUUGGGUAUAUAGGGAGAAAUCUAGAACGCAGGAAAUUCUGGACAUCCGGUAAUGAUCUAGGGAAAACUGGAACCCACAAAUGGUUUAGCAAUGCUCAGCACAUAAAUUUAAAUCGAUGGGCAUCUGGACAACCCGACAAUUAUAAAGGAGUAGAGCAUUGCAUACAGUUUGGCUACAUAUACGUAAACUCAAAGGAGUACCAAUUAGACGAUAAUCCCUGCAGCGCAUCAAAGAACUAUGUUUGUGAGGCUCCAGAGCAAGAAACUAUAUCUAUUGUUGUUUGGAAAUAG